UGGCUGGGAGUGCAGUGAGACUUGGUCAGUAGGAUCAGUGGGGGUGGUCUAAGAGGCCAGCCACCAUUUCAGUAGCUGUGGGAUACAUUAGAUCGGAAUUGGCCCUAGAUUCUACCUUGCUUGAAGUGGGAGUUUCUUCCCAGAAUGGUGCGCACAGCCUGCCUAGCAUGAAGUGAAUGACACUUCUCCACCCAUUGGCCCCCGGGACAGCCAUCCUUCUCCCUUUGGGGGCUGCAGAUGUCAGGGCUGUCCAGUGUGUUAUCCAUUUAGAGCCCCUCUGUUACUGGGAUUUUGCCUUUCUUCGGGUCUAGUCAGCUGUCUUGCCCCCAGGCUCUUCCCAUCCAACUGGGCAUCAUGGCCCUGGGCCCUGUGUUGGUCUGUAGGCUCUGCUACAAUGUCUCUAGUAGCAUUUCUGCCAUGUUCUAAGAUGCCCUGUGUUCUCAUGCUUGUUCCUGGCAGAUCAUAGCCCUUUGGUGGCCUUUGGCUUGUGAGAAAGCUCCUGUGUCUGCCACCCCCCCCCCUUUUUUUUAACUUUAUGUGGUGCUGAGGAUCAAACCCAGUGCCUCACAUGUGCUAGGCAAGCGCUGUACCACUGAGCCACAAUUCUAUGGCUUUUUUUAUUGUACCUCCUGGAGGAGGAAGGACAAAGGAAAAGGUGAUAUUGAGCUGGGCAUGGUGGUGUACAUCUGUAAUCCUAGUGACUUGGGAGGCUGAGGCAGGAGGAAUGUAAGUUCAAGGCCAACCUCAGCAAUUUAGUGAGGCCUUAAGCUUAGUAAAAUCCUGUCUGAAAAUAAAAAAUAAAACAAAGGUCUGGGGAUGUAGUUAAGUGCCUCUGGGUUCAGUCCCCAUUACAAAAAAAAAAGGUAUUGCAUAAUUCCUGAAUGGCUUUCUGGACCAUGAGAACUCCCAUACAUCCACAGGGGUUCUGCACCACAGAUUCCCAAUCCCUGUCCCCGACCUUUGCUGGGUAGUAGAGAUCCCUGCUCAGACUAUAAGUGGAACAGUAAUGGGGCCUCAGAAAGCUGUUGGGGAGGGGAGCUAUGUGUGUGCUGAGAGAGUGAACAGCAGCUGGCUGGAAUCCUUGAGUGUCCCAAUGCUGGAGUAACCUUGCUUCCAAUGUGUUGCCAGGACUGUUUGGGUGGAGGGAUCCUGUAUGGCUUGGCAUGUUGUGUCUUGGGUGUUCUUCAGGCAUGGGGCUUUGCAUUCCCCCAGGCAAUCUGCUGUCAAAGGCUCAGAGAAGACAGUUGGCAAGCCUUGGUCAGCUUGUGUCCUUAGGGAAGUGGCCAUGUUGGAACUUGAACCUGGCUGUGCCCUCUGACCAGCCAAGCUGCCUUGCUCUGCAGUUAGCUUUUGUAUCCCCAAAUUAAACUGGAAGUGCUCAGGUUCUCAAAACCAAUCUGUAAGGGCUGUGCUGACAAAGGGAUGUAUGUAGGUUUGGGGCUUGCCUGUGAGUGCCUACCCUUCCCCUCAUGCCCACUGGCACAGGUUUUGCUAUGUAGGUGAGAUGGGCCCAUUUUCACUCCUUUGUGCUUCCCUGUGAUCCUGACUUCUUUUUGAAAAUUUUUUAGUUUUCAGUAGACCUUUAUAUUUUAUUUAUAUGUGGUGCUAAGAAUCGAAUCCAGUGCCUCACGUGCUAGGCAAAUGCUCUACUACUGAGCCAUAACCCCAGUCCCUGAUCCUGACUUCUUGGUCCUUGUAACCAUGUAUCUGGGCUGUUCUAGGAGAAAUUCAGGUGGUUCAGGUAUGGGGCUUAUUCCUACCUUCUCAGUGGUAUGUUGGACUGCUUGGCCUCAGAGCAUUCUUUGUGGGAGGCAAAGCUGAGGGAUUGUGGUUAUUCAGCAUGCUCUGGUGCUUUUGCCUUAACUACUAUCUGGGAACUGUUCCUCAGAGUUGGACUUCUAGCCACAGGCCCCAGCCACAAGGCGGGAUGCCCAGAUAUUAUGUGAAUUUGUCUCCAUGUGUCUGCAUGGAGCUCCCAUAACGGACUACUGUGAACCAAAUGGCCUAAAACAACAGGUUAUUGUUUCAGGGUUCUGGAAUCCAGAAGUUGAAUAAGUAGCUGCCAGCACCACACUCCUUCAAGGGUGCUAGGGAAAGAUGUUUCACUUGCCUCUCCCAGCACCAGUAGUCUCCUGGUCUGGUAGAUGCCUAGUUCCAAUGGCAGUCUUCAAAUGACAUCCUCCACACCCCCCGGGGGAGGGUGUCCUGGCCUGGUCUUCCUCUGCAAUUGCGUGUCCACGUUUCCUUUUCCAUAGACACCUGUUAUACUGCAUCAGGGCCCACCCUAAGGACCUCAUUUUAACUUGAUCUCUAUUUCCAAAGGCCACAUUCCGAGCCUCACGUGUCUCUGGGCAGGAUGCAUACAACCCAAUGUCGCCGACUUGCCUUCCUGAGUCUUUGGGCUCAGGGAUUUUCUUGAGCAGUUUCAGCAGCUACUCAGCCUCCCACUAAGGGUCACAUUACUCCCCUUACCAAACUGCUGCCUCCCUGCGCAGUCCAGCGCCAGGCUACCCCUCCCGCCCGCCGAGGGGCGGCAUCGCCGAGCCCAACGUGAGGCUCGCCCUGCACCGGGUUCUCGCCGCGGUCCGCCUGCCUACAGGGGGCGCAGCACCCCGAUGGCUUCAGGCGGCCGGAAGUAGUACCCCGGAAGGAGUUGGCAGAGGCUGCGCCUGAGCGAGUGUGCUUGCGUCCUCGCCUCAUGUGUCUCGCGUCUUUCGGGGCUAGAUGGCGGGCCGCUGUGCGCGGGUGCUGCAGGCCGUGGACACCGAGUUCACCGCGGACAGCGUGGAGUGGUGCCCGCUGGAGGGCUGCCGACACUUGCUAGCCUGUGGCACCUACCAGCUGCGCAGGCCGGAUGCCGCGUCCGGGUCCAAGGGUGGACUGGAGGUUGAGGAGCCUCACGUCCGUUUAGGUCGUCUCUACCUGUACAGUUUCAAUGAGGACAACUCUACUUCCUCUCUGGCUGAGGUCCAAAGAAGAGAUACUGCUGCAAUCCUGGACAUGAAAUGGUGCCACAUCCCAGUGGCCGGCUCAGCGCUCUUGGGCUUGGCAGAUGCCAGUGGAUCUAUACAGUUGCUCCGCCUGGGGGGAUCUGAGAAGAGCAGCAGCCUGUUGCAGCCAGUGUCCAGCGUCAUCCUGGAGGAGCAGUGCCUGGCCUUGUCCCUGGAUUGGUCCACUGGGAAAUCCGGAAGGGCCAGUGACCAGCCCUUGAAAAUCAUCAGCAGCAACUCCAAGGGGCAGCUGCACUUCCUGAAGGUGAAUGAAGCGGGGCCUGGGCUACAGCACGUGGCCUCCUGGCAGGCCCAUCACUUUGAGGCCUGGAUCGCUGCUUUCAAUUACUGGCAGACAGAAGUGGUAUAUUCAGGGGGGGAUGAUGGCCUUCUCAAAGGCUGGGACACCAGGAUGCCUGCUGUGUCCAUCCUCACCAGCAAUAGACACUCCAUGGGUGUGUGUAGCAUCCAGAGCAGUCCCCAUCGGGAGCACAUCCUGGCCACAGGAAGCUAUGAUGAGCACGUGUUGCUGUGGGACACACGGAGCAUGAAGCACCCGUGGGCAGACGUGCCUGUGCAGGGUGGCGUGUGGAGGCUCAAGUGGCACCCGUUCCACCACCACCUGCUCCUGGUGGCCUGCAUGCACAGUGGCUUCAGGAUCCUGAGUUGCCAGAAGACCACAGGAAGAGUGGCAGCCAGAACUAUGACUACAGCUCCUACCCAGAAGGGAUGAACUUGGAUUCCAGCCUCCUGGCCACCUGCUCCUUUUAUGACCAUGUUCUUCACCUCUGGAAGUGGGAGGCCAGCUGAGCAUGAGGUCGCUAAGACCCUUCCCAGCUACACCAGGAGUGACUUCAGGAGUUACAGUCCUUCCUGCUGGGCCACUGCAUGAUAUGUCUGGCAGUGAUUGGGGUUUUCCAUCUCCAAAACUCAGUUUCUCUGGUAGUUUGAUCUCAGCCCUUCAUAUGUGUUUAAGCAUUUGUAUUGAUUAAAUGAAGCUGUUUUGGGGGAAAAA